AUGGCGUCGCUAUUUCAAAUGGAGCGAGUGCUUUACCAAUGUGGAUGCGAUGACUGGUGGCCCCUUUGUAACCUCUAUUUUUGCCGCCACUGCUCCAUACUUCGGUGCAUAUCAUGCAGUCUCAAUGAAAUUGAUUCAACCUUCUGCCCAAACUGUUUAGAAAACAUUCCAGCGGGUGAAGCUCGAGUGAAAAAGAAUCGAUGCAUCAACUGCAAUCAAUGCCCAGUAUGCUCUAUGGUCUUAACAACAAGAGCAGUUGGUGAAUCAUGUCAUCUUAUGUGUUCAACUUGUCGAUGGUCAACAAGGGACUCUGGCACCCCUGACCAGCCAUCCAGCAUAAAUUGGCCUGUGCACGAAAGUACGUUGGACAAAGAACUUGGCGAAGUUCUGGAGCGAAUGCGUGUGCUGGCAGCGGCAGAGAAGGCUCAGCGAGAUCAAGUUAAAUUGAAUAAAAGGCGAUCUCACAAUGUUGGUAACCUUCUAACAGAUCGUUAUGGCCUGCAAGCUAUUUAUCAGAAACGCAAGAAAACGUUUGAGAAACCUUCACCACAACUGCCUUUACAUGCGUCUUCUGAGGAGGUUCCAGAGCUAGAUAUGUCUGCAUACCUUGAUGACUCAAUCGAAACAACAGAGCCCUCUUUAGAAUCUCGUCUUCGUCAACCACUUGCUGCUGGUCGUCCACUUCGUCCUGUCAGAAUGCCGCUGAAGGCUAGGAAAGCAAUUCGGUGCAAACAGUGCGAUCAUAACCUGGUCAAGCUGGAAUAUGGGACUUCAACUAUACGAUAUAAGAUCCAGUAUUUUGCUCGCAAUUUCGUACCGGAGAUUCGCCUUUCACGAGAACCUGAGCUAAGUGAAGGACAACCUGGCUCCGUUCUUCUUACUGUGGCCAACGAAAGCAAUUCAAAGUCCGAGGUUAUCAUUAUGGCGGAUAAUGAUGAUGGGACAGUUGAAUGCCUAACACCGGUGGUGGAACUUUGCCUCCCGUCUUCUGAUGACACCGCGGACAUUUAUGAUAUGGAAAGUGACCGGCGUAGUACAUGCGAUGGGCUUGGAACAGUAGUUUUUCGAAGAAGACAUCGCGCAGGUGUUCGGUUAGAGGUUAAUUGUGGAGAAGCCUGUUCCAAAAAAGUUCUUAGUCUCUUGGUGAAGUACAGGAACGAACAGUGCUCCAUGCAAAUGAAUGUGGAACCCGAGUGGAGGUUGACGCGUGUGCAGAUUUCUUUAGCAUCGUAA